ACGAAACUGACGAUUCGGAGUUUCCCGAGAACACCGAUCAACCUCUUUAAAACAGAGAGAAAGCAGUCGCGAUACUCUAGGAAUGUAUGGGCUGGGAUUGAUUGACUCGCCUUUAAGUCUUAGUUACAGACAUUGUCUUGCAUCAUAUUUCUGACCUUUGACGCAGAUACAACUGCACUUGAACUCAACACCAGCUGAGGCCACUGCAGAAAUGUCUAAACCGCUGCUUAUACCGUGGCUGCGGACCAAGAUUAACAGCGGCCAGUAUGACGGUGUCCAGUGGACCAACCCGGAAGAAACAGAGUUCUCCGUCCCAUGGAAACACGCUUUAAGACAGGACUCCUCCAACACGGACAUCCUCAUCUUUAAGGCCUGGGCAGAGACGAGUGGCAAUGGCCGAGCUCCCGGAGACCAUUCAGUCUGGAAGAGGAACUUCCGCAGCGCCCUCCGAGCAAAAGGCUUCAAGCUGAUCUCAGACAAUAAGAACGACGGCGCUAACCCCCACAAAGUGUUUCGCUGGCCGCAGGUGUCAGCUUCAGGAGCUAACUCUGCUGCUGGAUCCCAGGAACAAGAUGAUCCCGAUUUGUCUGAAUAUUUUCCCCUUCCUACACAAGAGAGCCAGGUCGUCCCAAACUUCGAAGACUAUCUCUAUCUUCCAGAAGACACUGUGUUUGCAGCAGAACACCCCAGCCAUCAUGAUAUUCUGCAGGAGUGUCUGAUGGGACUGAACAUUGGCCCGGACACAGAGGGCACUGCAGGCUUUGAGCUUCCUCCUGAGCAACAGCAGCUCCAGAACCCGGCUGUGAUUGGUGGACAUGCGUUGCCUGGGCAACAGCAGUUUCCAGCGAUGUAUGAGGGUGAAGCUGGGUUGCCUGAGCAACCGGCAGGACCAAUAGAGGGAGCUGUAGGCGGGGCUUAUGACGAGCAGUUUGCUGAGCAUUUCAAACAUUCUGUGAACAACACCAGAGAUGGAGAACAUUUCAAGACACAUUUCAGGAUAUCCGUGUACUACAGAGGGGUGAAGGUGUUGGAGCAGCUGGUUGACAAUGAAGUUGGAAUCCGCUUGGUCUACAGGCCUCAACUCACAGGGACAGUUUUGGAUCCCGAGUCCGGCCUGUCGCUCGUCUCUCUGCCAAGUCCUGGAGCCAUGCUGGAUCAAACCCAGGCCAACCUGACCCAGCGCAUCCUGGACAAGCUGGGCGAGGGUUUGGACGUCGGAGAGUCGGGCAGUGUGGUCUACGGCCAGCGGCGGGGUGAAAUCAAAGCAUUUUGGAGCCGCUCCAAAUUUGACGAGAGCAGACAGCCGCAAGAGAUUUCUAAACUGCAGCCUCAACCACUGUACAUGUUCAAGGAAUUUAUCCAAGGUAUAUUGGACUUCAUAAAUGGGAAGGAAUCCCCUCCCAGCUCCCUGUUCUUCUGCCUCGGGGAGAAGUGGCCGGAUAAAGACAACAGGCCUUGGGAUAAGAAACUCAUCACAGUGGAGGUGGUCCUGACUUCGAUGGAGCAGCUGAAAAAUAUGGCUGUUGUAGGCGGCGCCUCCUCGCUGCAGUCUGUGGAGCUGCAGAUGUCUCUGGAGGAGAUGAUGGACCAGUGCUGACGCACUUUGCUCAUUGUUUACCCUUUUUGUGUCCUUUACCUUGCCGAGAACAUCUCAGAAAUAAUAAUGUUUACAUAUUUUACGAGCAUUUCGUUUUACGCAUUUUCGUUUUACUAAUAGAUCAGGUAAAAUAGUGGUGUAAAUAAUUGCUCUGUUGUUGUUUUUACUAUAAAUAUGUGCUUUACAUAUAAUAAUCAGGCUCUUAUCACAGAGUUCUGAUUGGAUAUUUUAUACUUAUUUUUGCUGUUAGUGUUUCUGGGAAUUUAAACCACCUCUUCCAUAAUGUGCUGCUCUCUGAUGCAAAGAAACUGAGAUAAAUAAAUGCUCUUAAACAGGCUUUUCA